AUGAAAUUCUUUUUUAUUACAAAAAUAUGUUUAUGGUGCGUGUUGACGCUAAAUGUCAUGCUUAUUGGGCCCAUAUCCACGGUGACAGGAUCCCUGCUGGAUCCACUCGUGCCCAAUGCGUCCCCCAUGCAUGUUGGGAUCAUGUGCAUUCCCCUUUAUGGUCAUUGGAGGCCGUUGCGAUCUGUUGGAGAAGCCUUUACAGAACGUGGACACCAUGUUACAUAUUUUGUUGAAAACCCUCUAUGGUGUGAGGAGAUGAUGAUGCAUCAUGAUGAGAACACAACAAAUUGCAUUAUAAUUCCCUCACGCGGCGCAUUCAGGGAUCCUACUUUUUUUGAGAAAAUGAGCCUUGAACCUUAUCCCCAGAAGACGUUGUUUGGCUUUUUGGGGGAAACCGUUCGUCAUCAUACUUUACAUCUUGGUGAUUAUCUUAAAGAAGCCCAGAAGUUACAUGCCAAGCGUCCAUUAAGUGUAUUAAUUAGUGAUGCAAAUACCAUUGUUGGUGGGUCUGUAGCACGUGCAUUGGAUAUCCCAUCUGUAAUUUCCAUUCCAUUAACAUCAUCCAUUCAGUUAGGUAUCAACAACCGUAUUCCAAAUAUGGGAAGUGGCUUUCCUGCACGAAUGAACAUCGGACAACGAUUGUUAAAUUAUAUUUCAUUGAGCGCGUUUUUAGUAUUUCCUCCUUCAUUAGAUCCCUUUAAUAGCCAACGAGCACUUUACAAUAUUCCGCCCCUUCGUAAUUGGAAUGAGUUGGGAGGAUUCUAUGACACGGUGUUACUGCCUUUUAUUUGGGGGUUGGAUAUUCCACAGGAAUUAUGCCCUAAUUUCCAUCCACUGGGAUUACUGUCUUUUAAGAAAGACCACAUUCCACCCAUGGAAAAGGAACUUGCCACAUUUCUACAUCAUUGUACAACAGGUGCCAUUUAUGUUAACUUUGGGACAUUGGUUUCCCUUAAUCCUCGCCAAGUUGAUCGUAUUGCCAAGGCACUUGAACAACUUCCGUAUUGUGUCAUUUGGAAGAUGAAAGAUACACAAAAAAAAGAUCUUCCGAAAGGAUACUUAAGAAAAAUGAAAGAGAAAUUAUUUAUUCGUUCCUAUUUUCUUUCUCCUAUGGAAAUUAUGCGUCAUAAGAAUCUGAUGGUAUUUAUAUCACAUUGUGGUGAUACCUCCAUACAUGAAGCAGUUGAGGCACAAUUACCCGUUGUUGGUAUCCCUUUCUUUGCCGAUCAACCCGACGUUUGUCAACGUUUAGAAGAAGCAGGUGUGGGAAAAUACGUAGGACAUAAAGAUGUAUUUAAUAUUGAGGAUUUAUUACAUGCAAUACAAUGGGUUGUGCAACAUUUGGAACAAAUAAAAGAAAAAAUGAAACAACUUAUUCGUAUUUCCAACUUCCUUGGUGGUGCAGAAAGGGCUGUUGACAUUAUUGAAAGUCGUUACCGCAAUCAACUUCUUAGAAGAAAUGAAUCUCUUGAACGAUGUGUUAUAUUUAACGAGGAUGUGGAAUUGGAAACACGUCCAAUUCGUAAGGCACAACUUGAUAUUUUAUUUUUAUGGUUUCUUGUACUUGUCCCGUUAUGGCUUUUUGUUUUUAACUGCAUUGGAAAAUGGCUAUUUUGUCUUGGAAGAAUCAUGCGGUCAAACAAAACUUUACCCCUAAAGAAGGUAUCACACUUUAGCGUCUCCCCAAGACCAACACAACGUGAGAAGACGGAUUGA